GCGCAGAAGGCGGCCUGGCACAGCUUCUGCGACGCCAACACGAACGGCACGCGGGCUCUUUCCAGCUUUCGCGGGCUCGGCUGUAGGCGGCCAGGUUACCCCUGUCUUUUUCCAUGUGCCUGCGUCGAUCCAGCUGCGGCGAAGAACGAAAACAAUUUCGCGGGUGACAGCGCGUUUUCUGAGCAUUCAUGCGCCCGUUGA